AUGAAAAAUACCCGGGGCGAAGGCAGUGCCGCGAAACCGGGCGCCUUCCCGUUCAUGGUGCAGCUUCAACGCCACUACGUCAUCAGCUACCUGUGCGAAUGCGGCGGCGCCUUGAUACGGCCCCGGUGGGUGCUAACGGCGGCUCACUGCAACCCGUGGCGGUCAAGCGAGCUUCAGGUGCUGGCCGGUACGAUCCGGCGUGACGAUAGGCACGGCGGACAGCGGCGACCGGUGGUUCGCUUUUGGGCGCACGAAAUGUACGCGUUCGGGGGGCAGACCGGCCCGUACGAUAUAGCACUAGCGGAGGUGGACGAGCCGUUCUCGGUGGACGGGCGGCAGAGUGUGGCGACCGUACCGCUGGCCAACGCGGAAACGGUUGCCAGUCCGGGGGACAGCGUUUUCGUGCUGGGGUUCGGAAAGAUCGAUGCCGACGAUCGAUUGCCCGACGUUCUGCAGGUUGUUGAAGGGCGCGUCGUGGGGAGGGAGAACUGUAGCCGCGCCCUAUCCGUCGGGGCGGUUUGUGUGGGGGGUCCGCGGACCAGCGCGUGUCAGGGAGACUCCGGUGGACCGGUGGUGGCGAUCCGACAGGGCAGGCUCGUAGCGGUUGGACUGAUCUCGUACGGACCGUGGAACUGUGGCGUUGGGCCGAUCGUUUGCACCGACGUUGCGGCAUACGGCGACUGGAUUGAGGCGACGAUCGACCGCUCAGCGCAGGCCGAAAACUAG